AUGCACCUUCUUAGUCCUCACCCCCCCUACAUUCUCCUCACCCUCUUCCUCACCCUCCUCGCCACCCUCCUCGCCGCACUCCUUCUCCCCCUCCUCGCCGCCCUCCUCCUCCUCGCCCUCUUCCUCACUCUUCUCCUCGCCCUCCACCUCGCCCUCCACCUCGACCUCCUCCUUCCCCUUCUCCUCGCCCACUCCCUCCUUGCCCUUCUAUUCGCCCUCCUCCUCCUGCCUCGCCUGCACAACGCUGUUCAACCGGCUUAUCUUCCAGAGCCGUUGGGCGGCGUUGUAUACCUAGAGGCAUCCCUUGCUACUAGCAUCAGUCGCGGGGGAGGCAGUAGUGCGGGUGGCAGCGAUGCGGGUGGCAGCGGCGUGUAUGGCAUUAGCACCACCAUCCUCUCACCAGCACCACCAUCCUCUCACCAGCACCACCAUCCUCUCACCAGCACCACCAUCCUCUCACCAGCACCACCAUCCUCUCACCAGCACCACCAUCCUCUCACCAGCACCACCAUCCUCUCACCAGCACCACCAUCCUCUCACCAGCACCACCAUCCUCUCACCAGCACCACCAUCCUCCCACCAGUACCACCAUCCUCUAACCAGUACCACCAUCCUCUCGCCGACACCACCAUCCUCUCACCGGGGGCGAGUUCGUCGGGUUGA